AUGGAUAUGAGUUUGCCACCCUGUCUGUAUCUCUCUCUCUCUUUCUAUCUCUCUCUCUCUCUGUCUCUCUGUCUCUCUUUUAUGCUUAGUCCCUUUUUCUUUCUUUCUUUCUUUCUUUCUUUCUUUCUUUUCUUUCUUUUCUUUCUUUCUUUCGCUACCUUCUAUAGGAGGAAAACGACGUGUGUCAUGACUAUCUAUCUAUCUAUCUAUCUAUCUAUCUAUCUAUCUAUCUAUCUAUCUAAAUCUCUUCCUAUUUGUCUAUCUCAGUCUGUUCAUAUCUAUCUAUCUAUCUAUCUAUCUAUCUAUCUAUCUAUCUAUCUAUCUAUCUAUCUCAGCUUGUUCAUUAUCUAUUUAUCUAUCUCAAUCUCAUCUUUUCCUAUCUAUCUAUCUAUCUAUCUAUCUAUCUAUCUAUCUAUCUAUCUAUCUAUCUAUCUAUCUAUCCCAGCUUGUUCAUUAUCUAUUUAUCUAUCUCAAUCUCGUAAUAUAUAUACUAUAUCUAUCAAGCUAUCUAAAUCUCUUCUUAUCUAUCUAUCUAUCUAUCUAUCUAUCUAUCUAUCUAUCUAUCUACUACCUUCAAGAGUUACCUCCCUUUUACAGUUCUUGAUUGUUCAACUGAUACUUAACAUUUUCGAGUUGAAUAAAAAAAAAAUGUCGACUCUUCCGUUAUUUAUUCUUUUAUUCAAACAAAUAAUCUAUCUUUCCUCACAUUUUAGUAGACGCCCACUUUCUCAUGUACCAUUAAUACAUCCGAUACUUUGCAAACACCUGAAUUGUUUUUCGUUUUCUCAUUGUAUCACUCGUUCUCUUUCGUUUCCAUCUGUUUUUUAUUCUGUUCCUCAUUUCCGAACAUACAUAUUUCUUUCUUUCUUUCUUUCUUUCUUUCUUUCUUUCUUUCUUUCCUUUGACACUCGUUUCUUCAAUUCCUUCUGUGCUUCUUUCUUUCUUUCGUCCUUCGUUUCCUCAAUUACUUCUUUGCCUCUUUGUUUCUUUGUUUCUUUGUUUCUUUCUUUCGUCCCUCGUUUCUUCAAGUCCUUCUUUCUAUUCUUUCUUUCAUUCUUUUCUCGUUUCUUCAAUUCCUUCUUUGCCUCUUUCAUUCUUUCUUUCUUUCUUUCUUUCGUACCUCGUUUCUUCAAUUCCUUCAUUGCCUCUUUCUUUAUUUCUUUCUUUCUUUCUUUUCUUCAAUUCUUUCUUUGCCUCUUUCAUUCAUUCUUUCUUCCUUUCUUUCUUUUUUUCUUUCUUCCUUCGUUUCCUCACUUCUUUCUUUCUUUCUUUCUUUCUUUCUUUCUUUCAUUCAUUUUUUCGUCCCUCGUUUCUUCACUUUUUCAUUAUUUCGUCCCUCGUUUCUUCAGUUACAUCUUUGCCUCUUUCUUUCUUUCUUUCUUUCUUUCUUUCUUUCUUUCUUUCUUUCUUUCUUUCUUUCGUCCCUCGUUUCUUCAAUUCCUUCAUUUCUUUCUUUCUUUCUUUCUUUCUUUCUUUCUUUCUUUCUUUCUUUCCUCGUGUCCUCACUUCUUUCUUUCUUUCUUUCUUUCUUUCUUUCUCCUAUUUGGUGCUAUCUUCACAUUCUUUCUUGUUUUCCCCUUGUAUCUCUCUUUCUUCUUUUAUUUUCUUUUUUUUCUUUUUUGCCAUUCUCUUUCCUUUUUAAAAAAUAUUUUCUUUUUUCUUCCUUUUUUCUUUCCCUGUUUUUUUCUCUUUCUUUUCUCCUUCCUUCAUUUUCCUUCUUUGUUUCUUCCCUUCAUAUAUUGCCUCUUUCUUUCUUUUUUCUUUUUCCUUUCUUCCGAGCUUCUUUCUUUCUAUCUAAUUCUCUUUUUUUUCCUUUCCAAAUUAGUUUUUUUUGCUAUAUUUCUUUCAUUGUUGUUUUCCCAUCAUUCAUUCCGUCUUUCUUUUUUCUCUUUCUUUAUUUCUUCUUUCUUCGUUAAUUACUUUCUUCUUUGUUUCUUCCUUCUUUCCAUCAUUUUCUUUCCUUCCUUGUUUCUUCUUUCUUCCUUAUUUCCUUGUUUGUUUUUCCUUUCUUUCGUGUUUCUACCCUUCACGUCUUUCCUAUUUCUUUCUUUCUUUCUUUCUUUCUUUUUUUUUUUCUUUCUUCUUCUUUUUGGUGCUAUCUUUACCAUAUACCUUCCACCUUCUUUCUUUCUUUUUUUUUUUUUUUUUUUUCUUUCUUUCUUUCUUUCUUUCUUUCUUUCUUUCUUUCUUUCUUUCUUGCUUGCUUCUAUUUGGUACUCUCUUUACCAUAUACCUUUUUCUUUCUUUCUUUCUUUCUUUCUUUCUUUCUUCUAUUUGGUGCUAUCUUUACCAUAUACCUUCCACUUUCUUUCUUUCUUUCUUUCUUUCUUUCUUUCUUUCUUUCUUUCUUUCUUUCUUUUCCUCCCCUCCUUCCUUCUUUCAUCCUUAGCUUGUUUGUUUGUUUCUUUCUUUCUUUCUUUCUUUCUAGCCUCUUAUCUUCCUUCUUUCUUUCAUUACUUCCUUGCCCCUUCCUCUCUUUCUUUCACUUUUAUUUCUUUCC